AUGCCCGCACGACGCCCUUCGCUGAGCGCCUCGCGCUCGACCCCGCUCCUGGAGAGCUCAGCUUCGAAGCGCGCCAUGUUGGCCAGCUCUGCAGUGUCGGACGAACCGACCCGACCAUUCAACGUGCGUCGCCGCUUGAGGCGAGCCUCGCAGCCCGCUGGCCCGUCGCAGUCGACUCUUCGCUUCCGACUGGAUGCGCUCGCACCUGAAGAGGCGCUGGCUGAAGGCUUUAGCAGCGCAACCGCCACUGCCACUGCCACCGCCACUGACUCGGGCUCUUCCGACGAUGAGUGGGAUGCCACCUACACCGACAUGUUCAGCAGGCCACGUCACCAGUCGCUCGGGUCGCUCGAAUACCUCGAUCUGCCCGCCUCGCUGCCUUAUUCGAUCGUAUCGCUCCGUGCUCAACUGCUCUCCUAUCUCACCGAACUCGAAAUGAGGGCCAAAGCGUUCUACUCGAUGCGAAUCUCUCGGGCCGCUUCCGAUCCUGCAGCCGUGCCAUGCGACUCGACAACCGCUGCUUCUGCAUCCAGCAACUCCGAAGUGUCUGGACAAGAUUUGCCAAGUUCGGAUGCAGCCGCACUCAACGACGGCCACUCUGCCGCCUUCUUCCAGCAACUCGAGGCUUUACGCGAGGAUCUGCGCAGGCUCGUCGCGUUGCUUCCUACGUAUCCCGCAUCCGCCUCAUCCGCCCUUGCCUCUCGCUCGCAGACUCUGGCGCAAGACUGGGAGCGGCUCUCGUCGAGCUUCUCGUUCCCGAUCAGCCUGGGUAAUGGCCUUCGAGAACGCCUGCCGCGUCUGCCAUCUUCGUCCGAUGCGGCGCGUCUCCGAGCCGAACUCCCCUCGCUGCCGUCGAUGCCAUCGUUCCCGCAGCUCGACCUCGACUUCGCCUCUGUGCUCGAACCGCUGUCAAGCCACUUGCCCAGCCAAGCGUACGCACUCGCUGCCAAAAUGCAGGCACGUCUCGAGACGUUGCAAGAGUCGGUGCGCAACAUGGCGUGGCGCGAUUGCCUCCAGAGCGCCGCAGCCAACGACGGCGAGGACCACACGUCGCUGGCGCAGCGCUUCGAGACCAAGCUGAUGGAUCUGUCGGUUCGCUCGCGUGCGCGUGCCAACAGCUUUGCCGAGCGAGCCGGGCAUGCGGUACACGAGGCCGAGGAGAAGCUGUACCAGCUCGCCAUCGAGCUUGCACGAAACGGCCAAGAGCUCAUCAGCUACGAGCACCUGCCUGCGUUUUUCCGCAACAACGAGCACAUCCUAUCGGGCUACCGCUUCAUCCCGGUCGAGAACUGGCGCGCGCUAGUGCGUAGCACGUUCCAGAUUCACAACGAGACGGGCAACAUCCACACGCAUCUGUGGGGUCUGGCGGCGAUCGUGCCGCUGUUCUGGCCGAGCAAGGGGCUGGACGAGCAGACGACGCCGAUGGAUCGUCUGGUGCAGACCGUGUAUCUGCUUGCGGCGGCCAAGUGUCUGACGCUGUCGGUGUCGUGGCACGUGAUGGCUGGCUGUUCGGACCGCAAAUGGUUCGAGCGCUUUGCCUGCGUCGACUACACCGGCAUCGCCUGGCUCGUGGCGGCGUCGAUCUGGACGACCGUAUACAAUUGCUUCUACUGCCAGCCCAACCUGGCGCUCUUCUACUCGUUUACCACGCUCGUCGUGGGCCUGGCAGGCGCAAUCCUGCCGUGGGCCGAGUGGUUCAACCGCCGCGAGAACAAGGGAUGGCGCAUCGCCGUCUUCCUCACCAUGUGCUUUACGGCGCUGGCGCCGUUCUCGCACGCCGCCUUCGAACAUGGCCUAGCCAAGACGAUGUCGUUCUUCAGCCCCAUCUUCCCGUCGCUGGCUUUCUACGUGGGCGGACUGGUCUUCUACGCGACGCAAUUCCCCGAGAGCUGGAAGCCCGGUCGCUUCGACACGUGGGGCCACUCGCAUCAGCUGUGGCAUAUUGGCAUCGUGCUUGCCAUCGUGUUUCACUACCGUGCUGCGCUGCUGUUCCAUGCGAACCGGUUCGAGUUUAGCUGCGCCGUGCCUGGUGCCUCGAUGGCGGCGGGUGGUGGUGCGGGGGCAUCGGUCUCGCCGAGCGUGGUGCAACGGCUGCUGGGACUGAUCGCCUGGACGCAGCCGCUGAGUGCGACUGGCAAGGCGGCAGCGACGGUGUCGCGUCCAAUUGACUCGAUGUUUGCUAAGGUGGGCGGUAUGGAGGGCAUCAUUGGACUGGCGCGCGCCGACGACCAGGUGCUGCAGUGGAGGCGGUUGCUGGGCAAGAUUGGCAACGGCGCUGUCGGGCGUGGCUGGGACGCGCUGGUGGACUGGGCGCAGAACUUUUGGUAA